AUUUCCUGUUGAAUAAAACUCGCAGGCUGCGCAACGCUGUUGUUAAAGCUGUGUUUGUGGUGAACAUUAAGGUAGAAGUUAAGUGUAUAGAAGAAAUCCCGAUACGGGUGGAGCUGGUAGGAUGUGGUCGUUCACGUUAAUAUUCGGACCGUUGUUAUUACUUUUGUCUGGGCUUGGUUCUUCGUUUGGCGGCUAUAUCGAGGCACUAGCUGCCAAUGCCGGGACUGGUUUUGCAGUGGCUGAACCGCAGAUUGCCAUGUUCUGUGGAAGGCUGAAUUUACACAUGAAUAUUCAGACUGGCAAAUGGGAGUCUGACCCUUCAGGUAAAAAAAGCUGCAUGGAUGCAGAGGAAGAUAUUCUGCGUUACUGUCGGGAGGUGUACCCAGACCUUCAGAUAACAAGUGUUGUUCAAAGCAACCAAGAAGUUAGCAUUGACAACUGGUGCAAAAUAGGCAAGAAGCAGUGUAGAGGUCAUACACAUCUUGUUAAUCCAUACAAAUGUCUUGUUGGCGAGUUUGUGAGUGAUGUGCUUCUGGUUCCUGAGGGCUGCAAGUUUUACCACAAAGAACAGAAGGAUUCAUGUGAGAGUCAAAAACACUGGGAUGCUGUUGCUGAGCAGGCAUGCCUUUCCAAGGGACACAUCUUGCAUGAGUCUGGCAUGCUGAUGCCACGGGGUAUUGAUAAGUUCUGUGGCAUAGAGUUUGUGUGUUGCCCUAAAACUCAAAUGCCAAAUAAAGACGCUGUUGUAGAAGAGGAGGAAGAAGAGGAUGAAGAUGAUGACUAUGAGGAGCAACGCCAAGCAGAAGAUGAGGAUGAGGAAGCUGAAUCAGAGACAGAAGAAAAGAGUGAAGUUCCGACGUCACUUGAUGUGGAGGAUGCAACUUAUGCAGUUGACGACUAUGAAUACUACAAUAAGCCCAUCUCUGAUUAUGACAGGCAGUAUGAUGAGGAUGAAAAAUAUUUAGAAGAGUAUGCUGAAGAGGAGGAGACUCCCACAGAAGCACUGGAUGGAAAGGCGGUCUUGGGUUUGGAAGUUCCCAAUGAAGUACGAGCUGUCUGUUCUCAAGAGGCCGUGACUGGGCCCUGCCGGGCUAUGAUGCAGAGGUGGUACUUCGAUAUCAACGAAAGAAAAUGCAUCCGUUUUGUCUAUGGAGGUUGUGGAGGCAACAGGAACAAUUUUGAAUCACAGAAAUAUUGUAUGGCUGUGUGUGGAAAAAUGAUUCCUCCUACGCCACAGCCCACAGAUGAUGUUGAUGUUUAUUUCGAGACCCCUGCUGAUGACAGUGAGCACACUCGCUUCCUGAAGGCCAAGGAACAGCUUGAAGUCCGCCACAGGAGUCGCAUGGAUCGGGUGAAAAAGGAAUGGGAAGAGGCUGAACGGCAGGCUAGAAAUCUACCCAAGGCUGAGAGACAAACCCUUGUUCAGCAUUUCCAAGAAAUGGUUGAAUCACUGGAGAAGGAAGCAGCCAGUGAGAAGCAGCAACUGGUAGAGACUCAUCUGGCCCGUGUUGAAGCAAUGCUCAAUGAUCGUCGUCGGGUGGCCUUGGAAAAUUAUCUCUCUGCUCUGCAAGCUGAUCUACCAAGACCACAUCGAAUUCUACAGGCUCUAAAACGUUAUGUGCGUGCAGAGAAUAAGGACCGUUUUCACACCAUUCGACAUUAUCAACAUGUCUUUGCUGUGGAUCCAGAGAAAGCAGCGCAAAUGAAAUCUCAGGUAAUGACACACCUCCGUGUUAUUGAGGAGAGGAUGAAUCAGAGCCUGUCUCUACUGUACAAGGUGCCUUAUGUAGCAGAAGAAAUCAAGGAUGAAAUCGAUGAACUAUUUCAGGAACAGCAGGCUGAUAUGGACCAACUGAUGGUUUCAACUUCCGACACUCAAGUUGAUGUCAAAAUGACCUCUGAGGAGAGUAUUGUGAAUCCGUUUGCAGACAUAAAGCCUUAUCGCCCCAUCCAAGUGAAAAGCUUCCCACCUUUGCCUGAGCAGGAAGGCGUUCAGCCGGAUUCGUGGCGUACCAUGAGGAAAGGUUCUGGGAUGGCAGAUGGGAACCAAUUGAUUGGUGCUGAAGAGAGGGUGAUUAACAGCAAGAACAAGGCCAAUGAGAAUGUGGUUAUAGAUGAAACUCUUGAUGUGAAGGAAAUGAUAUUCAAUGCAGAGAGAGUCAAUAGUGUGGAUACUGGCCUGGAGCCUGAAGGUCCUUUACGUGAUGACUUCAAUUUCAGCAGCAGUGCUUUGAUCGGCUUAUUAGUGAUUGCUGUUGCCAUAGCAACAGUCAUUGUGAUUAGCCUGGUAUUGCUGCGGAAGCGACAGUAUGGUACCAUCAGUCAUGGAAUUGUUGAGGUUGAUCCAAUGUUGACCCCUGAGGAGCGUCAUCUAAACAAGAUGCAGAACCAUGGCUAUGAAAAUCCUACAUACAAAUACUUGGAGCAAAUGCAGAUAUAAGGCCAAAGAGUAGGAAAAGAAUAGGGACAUACUGUCUCUACUGCAAGAGGGACAGGUGCCGCCUGGGGCCAUGUUUAAAUAUACUACUGACCAACUGUUAAGGACUUCAUCUCACAUUCACAACUCUUGGAUCAUUGAAAUUGUAAUUACUGCUGUCAAAUAAUUUGUUUUUAAAUGGCGAUCUAACAGAUAUAUAAUCCUGUUUAAACGCAUUGAUUUGUUGCUGAGAUCUUUAUCAAGAUGUAGUUUUUUAUUCUAUAAAUGCAGUUCAGCUGUACUGUGUUUCACAAGCUUUAUUGUAAAUGAGGAACAUUUAUUGGAUUUUAUUUGAAAUAGCAUUGCUUGUAUAUGAAGGCUGUUUGUACUGAUUAGAUUACAUGAGUGCCCAUUCCUGUACAGCAGUAUUCCUUUUUUAAAUUAUAUAAAAUAUAUAUAUGUAUAUCAAUGUGUGUGUGAAUGACGUUCACGAGUUUGUGCGAUUUUUUUCCCCCCUGUAAGUGAAAGAUCGAGUGGUUUAGCAAUAUUCUGCUAAUGAGUCAUUUUCUUCCAUCAAAUUAUUGAGGUUCAUAUAAUGCUGUUUUAAAGCUGUGUUGGUGAAAAGAUGAGAUAUUUCCUUCUUUCCUUAGAGCAGCAGCUGUGGGACUGUAAAAGGUGAUUGUUGGUUUGUAAAGCCUGAUUUGAAAAGGGGAUACUGCAUCUUUUCUUAAACUGAAAGAAGUGGGACGUGAGUUUUGUAAACACUGAGAAGAAAUGGAUUGUUUUUUUUUUUCUCCACCACCACUGUAAUGUCUGUAUAGUUAUGUUCAUUCACCACUUAAACCUGGAGGUUCUGGAAACCUGUGUUGUGCAAGAUAAAUAUUUUUUAAUGAUAUGCAAUUUUAUUUUUCCCUGUUCGUCUCCCAGUGUGCAUACAUUCUCCUGGUUGAUGCCUCUGUCUAACAUGUAGACACAUCAAUAAACACUAUUACUACUGUU